AUGGAAUACUCCAAUCAGACCUCCAUGAACAGGUUCAUCCUUCUUGGUCUCAGCAAUAUACCAUACCUGCAGGCUUUAUAUGUUUUGAUGUUCCUAAUAAUUUUUGUCAUUACAUUGUUUGCAAACCUAUUACUUAUCCUUGUGGUGAAAGUCAAUUCUCAACUACAUAUCCCAAUGUACUUUUUCCUGAGCAACCUCUCCAUUAUUGAUAUUUCCUUUUCUUCCACCAUAGUUCCAAAAAUCAUGGCAAUCACUGUAUCUCAGGAUAAAAGUAUUUCACUGUUGGAUUGUGCAACACAGAUGUUCUUCUGUUUAGGUUUAGGAGCAACUGAGUGCAUCAUUCUAGCUGUUAUGGCCUAUGACAGAUAUGCUGCCAUCUAUAAACCAUUACACUAUACCACAAUAAUGAAUAAGAGAUUUUGUACAAGUAUCGCUGCUGGAUCCUGGAUAAUUUGCUUUAUAAACUCUGCCAUUCAUGUUUAUCUUACAUUUCAAUUGCCUUUUUGCAGAUCCCAUGACAUCAACCAUUUCUUCUGUGAGAUGCCUCCUUUCUUUUUGCUGUCUUGUCAAGAUACGUAUCUCAAUGAGGUAGUCAUGUACAUCGCAGCUUCUAUAAUAGGUGUCUGUUCAUUUAUUUUAACUCUUGUUUCCUAUGUUUAUAUUAUUUCCACUAUACUUAAGAUUCAUUCCACUGCUGGAAGGCAUAAAGCUUUCUCCACUUGUGCAUCCCAUCUAAUAGUGGUCUCUAUAUACUAUGGCACCAUCCUAUUAAUGUACAUGCGGCCUCACUCGGCCUAUUCUCCAGAAGUAGACAAGACGGUGUCCAUUAUUUACACAACUGUGACACCAAUGCUAAAUCCUAUCAUCUAUAGCAUAAGAAAUAAGCAUGUCAAAAACACCAUAAAAGAAAAAAUGAAAACCACAGCAGCUUUUGUGAAGAAGGCUGAGGGCUGA